AUUUUACACAAGAAAAAUUACGAGACAUGACACUUCAACUUAAUGAGAAGAUUACAAAAAUUGAGAAUGAACUUAACGAUUUAGUAAAUCUUAAGGUUGAUGAAAAGAUCGAUAUUAUAAAGCAGCGAAUGCAAAAAAUAAAUACGAAUCUUCAAAACUAUCGUAAUAAAUAUGAUGAAAUAACAAUGCAAUUUGAAUCAGUGAAGGCAAAGAGGUACAAAUCGUUUUCAGAUUGUCUGGAACGCGUUACUGCGGAAAUAGAUCAUAUAUAUAAAAGAUUGGUUAACAACACAUCGGCUCAAGCAAUUAUCUUACCAGAUAAUUUCGAGGAACCAUAUGCAGGCAAUAUAAUUUACAACUGCAUAGCACCGUAUAAAGGCUUUCAGCCAUUGCAAUACUUAUCUGACGGAGAAAAAUCAAUGGCUAGUCUGGCAUUAUUAUUUGCAAUUGAACGUUAUAAGCAAAUACCGUUUUUCAUUAUGGACGAAGGUGACGCGGCAUUAGAUAAAAUGAAUAUUAAGAAUAUCAUUUCUUUUAUUCGCUCCCAAGAAACCUCUAUACAAUUCAUCACGAUAUCCUUACGCAAAGAAUUAUAUCGUAAUGCUGAUGCACUUGUAGGAGUUACUGUUCAAAGGGACUUCACGAUGAGACGGCGGGCUUUAGAGCUGAUCACGGGACUUCUCGUGGUCCAGCUGCUGUUGCCUUUGCCGGAUCAAGUGAACGCCGUGAAAAACAGAUUGAGGAAACAACGAUCCAAACCGCAAGAGCAUCAGGCUCAGCAAUCUAGCAAUAAUUAUGAAUAUGACUAUAACUACGAGAACUACGAUGAAUACGAUGAAAAGAAUGAAACUACAACAGUAUUGCCAUCACGUGCAAUACCAUCAGAUAUCACGCAACUUUCGGAGAGAUCCGAAAUAACAACAGAAGCAUUCUUGAGACGAGAAACACCUACAGACUUACCAGCUCCUACGACAACUCAAUUUUAUAAUCAUGGUAGAUCAAAGGAGACUAGUUCCACAUCUGCUCGGGAUCAUUCAGUUUUGUCUACGGAGAUUUUACCGGGUGAAAGUAACAUAUAUAGUUCUGUGGCUGUACCAGGAAUACGAGGUUCACCUGGUCGACCUGGAGAUGCUGGUCGUCCUGGCGAUUCAGGAUAUCCUGGACAACCCGGUACACCUGGGAUCCCAGGGCCACCUGGACCUCCAGGACCUGUACCUGAUGUAUCUCUUUAUUAUCAACAAUUGGCUUUGUCUCAAGCAAAUGAAGAUAAAGGUCCGACUGAUGCAGCGGCAUCAUUGUAUGGACCAGAGACAUUACCUUAUAUUCAGGCACAAGUAGGCCCGAUGGGUCCGCAAGGUUCUCCAGGUUCACCUGGUCCUCCUGGUCCUCAAGGUUUUCAAGGUACGCGAGGUGAAACCGGUGAACUGGGUUCUCCAGGCCCUCCUGGCAUGCCAGGUCCUAGGGGUUUACCAGGAUUGCCUGGAAAAGACGGUAUUAGUGGAGAAGAUGGCGAGACUGGUCUACCAGGAUCGCCUGGUCCUGUGGGACAACGUGGCCUUCCAGGAAUACCUGGGCUUCCAGGGCUGAAAGGUCACCGUGGUUUUCCAGGUCUAGAUGGUGCCAAAGGUGAGCAAGGAAUUUCUGGUGAAAAAGGAUCUAUGGGCUCGCCUGGAUCGAUGGGACUAGUAGGACCGAUGGGUCCAGCUGGACCUCGCGGCGAAAGAGGUAGAGAAGGUUCGCCGGGUCCUCCUGGAUUGAGAGGCCUCGACGGAAUUGCUGGGUCGCCUGGGCAACCCGGUGUUAUAGGUAAACCUGGCUCACCAGGUUUUCCAGGCAAUCCUGGAAUUAAGGGUGAUCAAGGACUGCAAGGACCGACAGGAAACCAGGGUUUGCAAGGUCCGCGAGGCGAAAGUGGCCGUCCAGGACAACCUGGUGAAACUGGUCCACAAGGUCCUCAAGGCAAAGAUGGAAUUCCGGGUGAGAGAGGAGCCAUUGGAGCAAUAGGACCCGUUGGUGUAAUCGGGUUUCCGGGUGCUCGAGGUCAAUCUGGAACACCGGGUAAUCCUGGUAUUCCUGGCGCUAAAGGAGCACCUGGCCUUCCUGGUGAUAGAGGUUUGAAAGGAGACACUGGAGUGAAAGGUGAUGCAGGAAUACCUGGUCCGCGUGGACUUCCGGGACCUCCUGGGAAUGAGGGCAAAAGAGGCAAAAGAGGUAUGCGUGGACCAACUGGCUCUGUAGGACCUUCUGGAGAACGCGGCGUACCUGGAGAACGUGGUCUUCCUGGAUCGGAUGGUCCUAGCGGGCCUCAAGGGCAAUCUGGUGAUCGUGGUCCUCCGGGAGCUGUUGGAUCAAAAGGCGCUACUGGAGAUCCUGGACGACCCGGACCAACAGGAUUACAGGGUGCACGUGGUUUAAUGGGUAGACCCGGAGCCUCCGGGAAAACAGGUAAUCCUGGGGAACGUGGAAUUCAAGGUGCGGAUGGCAAGCCUGGAGAACAGGGACUGCCUGGAUUGCAGGGUCUACCAGGACCAAUAGGAACACCAGGGGAAAGAGGAUAUCCUGGAGAACGUGGAAAAGAUGGUGAGCCUGGCAAUGCAGGUCCGCCUGGCCCAAGAGGAGAUACUGGUAAAGAAGGACCUCCAGGAGUACAGGGUCUACCAGGUCCACCAGGAAGCGACGGCGCGCGAGGUCUUCUGGGGCCCACUGGUCCUAGAGGUUUUCAAGGUCUUCCAGGCGCCGCCGGUAAUCCAGGUGUUCCAGGCAAGGAUGGAGAAGCAGGAGUACAAGGACGUCCCGGUCCGCCGGGAAUGGUCGGCGAUAGAGGCGAGCGAGGAUUUCCGGGAGAAAGAGGACUUAUUGGACAUCCAGGACCUGUAGGACCUAGGGGAGAAACCGGAAUACAAGGCUCUGAUGGUCUCAUCGGUUUACCAGGAUCCAAAGGAGACAAAGGAAGUUUCGGUUCACCGGGAUUAUUAGGACUUCCUGGAGCGAGAGGAUUACCUGGAGAAUUUGGACAGAAAGGAGAAAGGGGUACAAUCGGACCAAUCGGCCCCGAAGGUCCCUCAGGACAUAUUGGAGAGCGUGGUCCACAAGGAGAAGUUGGACCUUCUGGCCCUCCUGGAGAACCAGCUGAACGAGGUGAUCCAGGUUCUCCUGGUCCCAUUGGCGAGCCCGGAGCUCCUGGUAAUCCAGGAGAAAGAGGACCUCAUGGAUUACAGGGCUCGCAAGGUUUCCCAGGCCCACAAGGGUUAAUCGGACUUCCGGGUCUGAAAGGUGAUCGUGGAUAUCCGGGUUUAAAGGGAGAACAAGGAAAUCCGGGACUACUUGGCAGUCGCGGCGAGAUCGGAGCACCUGGACCUAUUGGACUUACUGGUGCUAAGGGAAUCAGAGGUGAUCCUGGUAUACGAGGUGAAGCCGGUUUAAUGGGCCCACCUGGUAUUAUAGGACAUGUUGGACCAUCAGGACCACCAGGGAAUAUAGGACCACUUGGUGCUCCCGGAUUACCUGGUGUCAAAGGUGAUGCCGGCGAUACUGGACAUCCUGGAAAUCCAGGUCCAAUCGGUAACCCUGGUCUACCUGGAAUCGAUGGAAUUAAAGGCGAAAGUGGAUCUCCAGGCUCUCAAGGACCGACAGGUUCUCAAGGACCUCAAGGUCCGCCUGGCGAAAGAGGUUUAUCAGGUCUACCUGGUUCCCCUGGUCCUAUAGGGAAUAGAGGGUUACGCGGAGCUCCCGGUGAAAUAGGACAACCUGGAAAAAUAGGAGCAGAAGGUCCGCCCGGACCUCCUGGAUUAAUAGGUUCUCCAGGUGUUCCAGGUCACACAGGAGAAAUAGGACCGGAAGGACCAACUGGAAAACCAGGACCACCGGGUAUAGGAGGCCGACCAGGUGACAAGGGACCACCUGGAGUACCUGGUGCUGCAGGACCAUCAGGUCCUCCUGGAUUACCUGGACAAUCUGGUCCCACCGGAUCUAUCGGACUCACUGGAGAACGUGGUCUGAAAGGUGAAACAGGAUUGCAAGGUGUGGAAGGUCCACAGGGACCACGAGGAAAACCCGGCCCAGCAGGUGUUGAAGGUAUAAAGGGGGAUCACGGAGAAGAGGGACAGAAAGGAGCUAAAGGACAUCGGGGAUUUACUGGUUUACAAGGAUUACCCGGGUCUCCUGGUUUAAUAGGAGAAAAAGGUAUACCUGGUCUGCCAGGACUUCCCGGUAAAGACGGAGAACCAGGUAUUAGAGGUAAUCCUGGACGAGAAGGCAAUCCAGGUCCCAUCGGACCUGCGGGAAAUCCUGGACCAAGAGGUCCACUUGGGGAAGAAGGUCGCCAAGGAUCACCAGGUUUUCCAGGACCUCCUGGACCACCAGGUCCUCCUGGAGAAGUGGGUUUCGGUUAUGAUGCGGCGUCUUUAGCAGCAUUUAUAGGACAAGGUCAAACUAAAGGACCAGAUCCACUUGGAGAUGAACCACCAAGAAUAUUUAGUAAAGAUAUCACUGAAAAGGAACGAAGAGAAUUACUUUUGAAAGCGUACGAAAAUUUAAAAUCGUCGUUUCAAAAAUUGAUGAAACCGGAUGGUGAAAAAAAUUCGCCUGCUAAAACUUGCCGAGAUCUAUUUGUUGCUUACCCGGACAAAUUAUCUGGUGAGUAUUGGAUUGAUCCAAACGAAGGAGAUGUUCGGGACGCGAUCUUAGUCUAUUGCGAUGCCGAGAAACGUGCAACUUGCAUUUUACCAAAUCCAUCGCGUUCACCAGAGAUCACUCACAUCACUGAUCAACAGGAAACUUGGUUGAGCGAGAUAGAUAACGGCAUGAAGAUUACAUACAAGGCAGAUAGUAAUCAAAUCGGUUUCUUGCAAUUGCUCUCAAAACAUGCGAAUCAGAACAUCACGUAUCAUUGUAAAAACAGCGUGGCUUACUUUGAUUACGAGAAGAAAUCGUACAAAAGGGGCUUGAAGCUUUUAGCUUGGAACGAUGUUGAAUUGAUACCACGAGGUAAUCAGCGUCUUAGAUAUGAAAUGAUAAUGGAUGAAUGCAGGAUCUAUCGAAACCACUGGGGUAAAACCGUUGUCUCAUACGAAACGGAUAAACCCGUAAGACUUCCUAUAUUAGACGUGGCUCUGCGAGAUAUCGGAAAACCCGAACAGAGUUUUUCUAUUGAGAUCGGUCCAACUUGUUAUGAUUAAAACAAAGACGAACGCAAAACUAAUUUAAAAAAGAUAUGGAAUUUGAACAGAUAUAUCGCUUGGAUAUUUUAUAAU